GUACAGCCCUGGAGUAGAUGUGCCCUUCCAAUUAAUGAGUGCCGUCGCAUGUGACAUGGUCCGUAAGAGCCGCGCCAAGCCGGGCCUUUAGCUUAUCGACAGCCCUGAAGGCGUCUCCCGAGGUCGCAACAUCAGACAUCACCGUUUGGACUCAAUUCACCGCGGACAUGCGCAGAGAUCUACUGAUAUCUAUCCAUUCCAAAUAGCUCACGCCAUACGACGGGUGUUAUUGCCUUCUUCUUCUGUGUCGGCAUCAGGCCCUUUCUAAGCCCUAUCAUCAUCGAUGCGUCUCGUUGAAUUCUACCUUGGUACUCUUCCAGCUCUUUGCGAGCAACCAUGACCGUGGCGGAAAGGAUGGCGCACAAGAAACUCAGAGUAGUGUCGGUCGUGGCGGCGACCGCUGUGUCACUUGCUUGUGGGACAAACUAUGCCUACUCAGCCUGGGCGCCGCAAUUCGCCGAGAGGAUGAAGCUCUCCGCGACGGAGAGCAAUGUCAUUGGCACAAGUGCGAAUAUUGGGAUGUACGCCUCAGGAAUCCCCAUGGGAUUCAUCACAGAUAGGAGGAGUCCACGGCUCGCUGCGUCGGUUGGCAUGCUUGCACUAGGACUCGGCUACUUCCCCAUUCACCGUGCGUAUGAGAAUGGCGUCGGAUCUAUGAGUGUCGGGUUAAUCUCCUUCUUCUCCUUCUUGACCGGCGUGGGGAGCUGCGCUUCAUUCCAGGCCGCCUUGAAGAUUGCAACUCUGAAUUGGCCGACACACCGCGGGACGGCGACAGCCUUUCCGCUGGCGGCAUUCGGUCUAAGCGCUUUCUUUUACACGCUUAUAGGCGGGUUUGCCUUCCCUGGAGAUACCGGCGCUUUCCUUCUCCUGCUUUCCUUGGCCACAUCGCUCCUUGUCCUUGUCUCCAUACCGUUCCUCCACGUUGUCGAUCAGCAAAGGGGCACGAGCUACGCUGCGCUUCCCACGAUCGACCGACCGCGGCGUGACUCAAACCUGCUGCGUCGAACCAAGUCUAGUUCAAGCAAGUAUAGCAGCACUGCAGCCCCUCCACGAGAGCCGACAGAUAAUGACGAACAAACUCGUGCAUCAGACGAAAGUUCUUCCCUCCUAUCCAUACCUGGGGACAUUUUGGAAUCUCCUGAGGAACCUGCGAAUCAAUCAACUCAACGCUCACAAUGGAUAGAUGUUACGGGCCUGGAGUUGCUCACCAAGAUUGAGUUCUGGCAGCUGUGGAUCCUCCUGGGGUUGUUGACUGGCGUCGGUCUAAUGACCAUCAAUAACAUCGGUCACGACGUACAAGCCCUGUGGAACCACUAUGAUGACUCAGCGAGCAAGGAGUUCGUCGCCAAACGGCAGCUGAUUCAUGUGUCUGUUAUUUCGUUGGGAAGCUUCUUCGGGAGGCUCCUCUCCGGAAUAGGGUCCGACCUCAUCGUAAAACGCCUGGGCAUGUCUCGAUUCUGGUGUGCCGGCGCUUCCGCCGCAAUCUUCAUGGUCGCUCAGCUUUGCGCCAUGCGACUGGAGAACCCCAAUCUCCUUUGGACCGUGUCAGGCCUCACUGGCCUUGCGUAUGGUGUCCUUUUUGGGGUCUUCCCGGCCCUGGUGGUGGAUGCGUUUGGUCCUGCCGGAUUUGCCGUCAACUGGGGAUUCAUGACGCUGGCGCCUGUUGUCAGCGGCAACAUAUACAAUCUCUUCUAUGGGGCGGUGUUUGAUGCUCAUUCGGAGAGGCAGCCAGGCGGAGAGAGGAUUUGCCUCGAAGGGCUCGCCUGCUACCGUACGGCCUAUUACGUGACCUUUGCAUCUAGCAUAUUGGGCGUUGUGGCGUGUGUCUGGGGCAUUAGACAUCAGCAUAAGGUCCGGAGGAGACGCGAAGAGGAGGAGACGCAUCGUGAUGCAUAGCUAUAGUGAUUGUGUUGCAUUUCCUCAGAUAUAGAACCUGGAAUGAGAGACACUUGAGAUGAAUGAAAAGAUGGACUCAACUUCGACCUCAAAGUCCU